CGUGGGCAGCCUGGUCAGAAGCCGCUGAUCUUCUAGGGUGAAGCCAUCGUGCAGCUGCAGCCAGGAGUGGAGAGGCUUGGAAUCGGCCAGCCAUGUCCGACGUGGAAUUUGGACGGAUGUCUUUCAAAGAGCCUGAGCAGGAGACCAAGCGUGGCCCGGCCCAGCCCCACUGGUAUGAGCGCUACCUGCAGCCUUGCAUCGGGGAGCUGGUGGGCUCGGCCUUCUUCAUCUACAUUGGCUGCGUUUCGGUCGUCGAGAACUCAGACGGCACCGGGAGGCUGCAGCCGGCCUUGGCUCAUGGGUUGGCGCUGGGACUCACUAUUGCCAUCUUGGGGAAUAUCAGUGGAGGCCACUACAACCCGGCCGUUUCCCUGGGGGCCUGGCUCGUUGGUGGGCUGAACAUGGUGAUGGUCAUUCCAUACUGGGUCUCCCAGUUGUGCGGGGGAAUGAUUGGAGCUGGUCUGGCUAAGGUAACCACAGUGUGGGAGAGGUAUGAAAAUGCCACAGGAGGAGCUUUCACGGCCAUCACCUCGGAUCACCAGCUCCCAGCUGCUGUGGUGGGAGAGAUUGUGAUGACCAUGCUCCUGGUGAUGGCUGUCUGCAUGGGGGCCAUUAAUGAGAAAACCAAGAGUCCACUGGCACCCUUCUGCAUUGGCCUCACCGUCACCGUGGACAUCCUGGCUGGGGGAGCCGUUUCUGGAGCCUGCAUGAAUCCGGCCAGAGCUUUUGGCCCUGCAGUGGCUGCCAACCACUGGGACUAUCACUGGGUGUACUGGGUGGGCCCCAUGGGGGCUGCGCUUCUGGUGGCUGCGUUGAUAAGGUUCUUGAUCGGGGACAGCAAGACGCGCUUCUUCCUCAAGUGAGGCGCCCUGCAAGGACCACCGCCUCGCCUUCCCCGCGCGACCCCAGGCAGCCGCAGCCCUCCUGGCCCGGGGAAGAGACUGGCAGAAGCGAGGCUCCGCCAAGCGCUCAUGUUGGCCCCUGAAACACGGGGCGAUGCGAUUUUCCCCUUUCAUGGUUGCAGAUCUAGGAAAUUCUGCCUCCCCCUUUUUGGAAACGAUGCUCGAAGAAGGCCGAAGAGGGCGAAGAAGAAGCGGCGGCCCCGGCAGAUCCACGGGCCGAAGCGGGGAAGCCGUUCUCGGAGGAGCUCCGGGCGAAGCGGCCCUGGGCAGCCCCGGGUCGAGCAGCGGCCCGCAAACCAGGCCCGGCGCUUGCAGGCCGCUCGCCCGGCACUCCGCCAGCCCCAUCCGGAGCCCCGGCGAGGAAGCCGCUCCUCGGCUUGGCAUCUCCGGCGGUGGCGCUCCGCAGGGGGACCUCCGGGCCACGCCGCCUCCGCGCAGCCCCACAGCCAGGAUCCCGUCUGCGAAAGGGCUGCUUCGCCCAGCCGAGUGGGAGGAAGAGCCGGGCUCUCGUGGCGACGCUGGGGGCUCUCGGGGCACCUUGGCCAGACUCAGAGACAUCCAGCCGCUCUCGUCGGCUCUUCCCAGCGGGGCUUCCCAUCCCCAGAGAGCGGCCAUUCCCCCCGUGGACCCGAAGCCCCUCCGCCAUUGAGCGGGGCUGCGCCUCCCAGCCCUCCCGUGCCUCGAGGGGCCGCCCCGCCCGUUUUUUUAAAAAAAAUUUGAUUUAUAUGCCGCCCUUCUCCGGAGACUCAGGGCGGCUUACAAUGCGUUAAGCAAUAGCCUUCAUACUCUUGUAUAUUUAUACAAAGUCAGCUUAUUGCCCCCACAAACUGGGUCCUCAUUUUACCCACCUUAGAAAGGAUGGAAGGCUGAGUCAACCUUGAGCCUGGUGAGAUUCGAACUUACAGUAAUUGCAGACAGCUGGUGUUAAUCACAAUGCUAUCAGUCUGCUGAGCCACCAGGUUUGGCCCGAGAUGCCCCCCAAACCACCGCGCUGGUCCCAGGCCUUGCAGGGACAUCCCCUCCCAGCCGCUUCCCAGGCCCGCAAUCCCCCACCCCUAAUUCCCUGGGACGGGGCACGGUUCUCUCACGGCCCCUCCGGCUGUCUCGCUCCCGCCCCGAGGAUGACCUUUCCCCGUCCUUCAAGCUGCGCUACGCGGAGAUCCCGGCCCGGGCUGGGCUUUGACCGGCAAUCGCCCUGCCCGGAGCUCUGGCUGCACUGCGCUUUGCCUUGCGGGAUGGGGAGAAGGCUGGAUGGAUCCCGAGAUGCACGCAGCCCUCGGGGGGGGCUUUCGGUUUACGACCCGGCUCCAAGCAAAGGCCGUGGCGCUCUGCGGCUGGUUAAGGGGACGGCCCCACUGGGUCUUUUCCUGCCGCCCCGCCAAGGACUGAGCCAGUGGCUGCACAAACCUGAACACAGAACUGGAGGCAGACAAUGGGGACACGUCUUUCUGUCCUUGGACACCAGCGAGGGAGGGAUUGUAGAAAUUGGGGUGAUACAUUGAGCCUCAAAUUAGCUCCUGCCUGCGGUGGAUGGGUGUCUUACUAUCCCCCUAUUAGGCAAGCACCGGUUGCCUAACCAUUAUCUAUUGAAUUAACCACAGAUUGUUGGGUUAAGCCACUCUGUUGUUUGGUUGGUUUGGGGUCACUGCCUGGGUCCCCCCCCAUUGUUCAACCCAUCCUCUCCCAAGCAGAUCUACAGCGGUGUCACACUUCUGGAAAUGCUAGCACAGCAUGCUAUGAUACCCUGAGCCUGGGGUCACAAACCACUAGAAUAAAGUGAAAACCAAGAAAAGCGCACAAAUGUAGUGGCCCUUAAUGUGAUCUGCUUAUUUUGAUGUUUUCCCUGGAGUAGGAACACAGCUGUGGGUGGCUAAUUAAGUACAGUUUGUGGUUUAGCAUGUCUGAGCAGCUCCAUGCCACCAGGGUUGCUGACAUCUGGAUGAAAGAGGACGUUUUCCAGAUUGCUUGGCUGCCAUCUGGGACUUUGUCCUCUCACCCCCCCUCCCCUCGAUUUCAGGAUCUGCAAACCAUCCCGAUGUUGGGAGCCCUUCAUGGGGGUGGGAGGGGGGCUGCGGAUAAGCUGCAGCAUCUCAGCGCUCCCAAGCAACAGACCACCGCAGCCGUGAUGGAUGGGAGCCCUUCAGUUGCUAGCAUAGAAAAGCUCUGUGCUUCCCAGCAGCUUCAAAGUUCACAUUGUGUCAUCUGGCAGUUGGAGGAACUUACUGGGCUGCAGCUAAUUGUUUGUUCUCUGAGCUUUUUCAAUCAAUCAAGAAAGCAGGAGGAGCCCUCUUAUUAAUGCAAUAAGAAUAAGGUGACCCUUAUCUUAAGACUUGGCCUUAUCUGUAACAUGGCAUAUAAUCACCUAAGGGAAGUGUUGUUGACUGCAGUAUGAGGCAAUAAACUUUUAUCUCAGCUGGCUAA